AUGGACUGUCAAAAUUUGCAGUGGUGCCGAUUCGUAGCGCUGCUGUGGACAAUGCAGCAGGCGCACGGCACAUCAUGCACACGUGCAUGCGAGCAGGCAUGUCAAGCCAAGCCCAAACACCCCACUGCUCACAACCCCUUCACCACCCCCCCCCUCACUUGCCCCCUGCUCCUCUCACUUGCCCCCUGCUCCGCUCACUUGCCCCCUGCUCCGCUCACUUGCCCCCUGCUCCCCUCACUUGCCCCCUGCUCCGCUCACUUGCCCCCUGCUCCCCUCACUUGCCCCCUGCUCCCCUCACUUGCCCCCUGCUCCCCUCACUUGCCCCCUGCUCCCCUCACUUGCCCCCUGCUCCCCUCACUUGCCCCCUGCUCCCCUCACUUGCCCCCUGCUCCCCUCACUUGCCCCCUGCUCCCCUCACUUGCCCCCUGCUCCCCUCACUUGCCCCCUGCUCCCCUCACUUGCCCCCUGCUCCCCUCACUUGCCCCCUGCUCCCCUCACUUGCCCCCUGCUCCCCUCACUUGCCCCCUGCUCCCCUCACUUGCCCCCUGCUCCCCUCACUUGCCCCCGCAUCGUCGAGUCACCAUCGGCACAUGCUUUGCUGGAGAUCUUCGCCUGGUUCUUUCUAGUCACGAUUCACAUCCAGCAGCGCAGCACCAUGCUGAACUCGGGGCGCUCAGCGGGGUUGGUGUGCCAGCACCGCACCAUCAGCUCUGCCACCCGCGGGUGUGUUCCCUUGGGGAUGGGCGGCCGCAGCCCCUGCCGUGGGGGGAGGGGGGACAGGGGGGUGGAGGGACGAGAGCACGAGCAGCAGUGCAGAGUGUGAGUUGCAAGCAAGGUGAGACGAGCAGCCCACCUCACCCCCAUUCCCCAUUGCACCUGCCCCAUCUCCCCCAGAUCCCACCCACGUGGCCCACAUGCACCAACCCCACCCACGUGGCCCACAUGCACCAACCCCAGCGCAGCGCAGCGCAGCGCACCUUGCCG